AUGGAACAUGAAUCAAUUCAAGACGAAUAUGAUUCAAUGGAGGACCAUGAAGCAAUUAAGAAGAGGGAAAUAUUAGAAGAAAAUGUUACAACAAAACAUGAACGGAUUGAUUUAAAUCAAGAGUUUACUAAGCAAAGCAGUUUAAUUGUCCAUAAAAGAACUCAUACUGGAAAAAAAGCUUUUUCUUGUGAACUUUGUGAUAAAUCAUUUGCUCGGAAAAACGGUUUAGACUACCAUAAACGGACUCAUACUGGAGAAAAUCUUUUUCCCUGUGAAAUUUGUGAUAUAUCAUUUACGCUACGAUCGAAUUUAGUUCGACAUAAACGAACUCAUACUGGAGAAAAACCAUUUUUCUGUGAAAUUUGUGAUAAAUCAUUUACUCAGCGAUCUAUAUUAGAAACACAUAAACGGACUCAUACUGGAGAAAAACCAUUUUCAUGUGAAAUUUGUAAUAAAUCAUUUACUCUUCGAUCGAAUUUCGAAAUACAUAAACGGACUCAUACUGGAGAAAAACCUUUUUCGUGUGCAAUUUGUGAUAAAUCAUUUACUCGGCGAUCUAUAUUAGAAACACAUAAACGGACUCAUACUGGAGAAAAACCAUUUUCAUGUGAAAUUUGUAAUAAAUCAUUUACUCAUCAAAACGGUUUAGACUAUCAUAAACGGGCACAUACUGGAGAAAAACUUUUUUCUGUGAACUUUGUGAUAAAUCAUUUGCUCGGAAAAACGGUUUAGACCACCAUAAACGGACUCAUACUGGAGAAAAUCUUUUUCCCUGUGAAAUUUGUGAUAAAUCAUUUACUCGGCGAUCUAUAUUAGAAAUACAUAAACGGACUCAUACUGGUGAAAAACCAUUUUCCUGUGAAAUUUGUGAUAAAUCAUUUACUCAGCGAUCUAUAUUAGAAACACAUAAACGGACUCAUA